AUGGCUCCGUAUGAAAUGCUAUACGGAAGGAAGUGUCGAACUCCGGUAUGUUGGGGUGAGGUUGGCCCGCGUGAACUUGAACAUAAAGAUAUAAUCGGACUCACGAAUCAAAAGAUCGACAUAGUCCGAGCUCACUUAAGGGCGGCUCAAAAUCGACAGAAGGCGUAUGCGGACAAACGGAGAAAACCGAUUGAGUUCCAAGUUGGCGAUAAGGUUAUGUUGAAGGUAUCACCGUGGAAAGGAGUAAUCCGGUUUAGAAAAAGGGGAAAGUUAAGCCCCAGGUUUAUCGGGCCCUUCAGAAUCAUCGAACGAGUCGGUAGGGUGGCUUACCGUCUCGAAUUGCCCCCAGAGUUGAGUGGGAUACAUAGCACGUUCCAUGUAUCACAGCUCCGGAAAUGUCUAGCUGACGAAACCGCGUAUAUUCACUAUGACGACAUCAAGGUGGAUAAUAGUCUCAACUACGCGGUGAGACCAAUUGCUAUUCUAGACUGUAAGGUGAAAAGGUUAAGGAACAAGAUGGUCUAUCAAGUAAAGGUCAAAUGGGAACACCGAAAAGGAUCAGACACCACUUGGGAGUCUGAAGAGGAAAUGAAACGACUACACCCUACACUUUUCGGCAACACGAGCGAGGCGUCGGGAAGUCAAGCCGGUGCGGACGCUCGCCAAAAGGGAAAGCUCUAA